CUCAACUAUAUAAUUGGUGGUCAUGAGAUCGCACUAUAUGCUCCUUUCGUCCGUUUGCAAUGGAGAACUUUGAAGAUGGUGCACGAGAACAUUUACUAUCAGUGAACGUAAACGAAAACGAUGGGUUUAACGGAUCAGAAAGCAAGAUUCAAGUGAAGAAUUUGACAAGAUGUUUAGAUAAAGGAGCUUCAAUCCUUAAGAAUGUGAGUCUGGAGAUACCAAGAGGCAAAAUCAUGGGUAUCAUAGGCCCGAGUGGUGGUGGUAAGUCAACGCUACUAAGAGCAUUCAAUCGUCUGUGGGAACCACCUUCAGGAACGGUGUUUCUUGACGGAAAAGAUAUCACCGGCGUUGAUGUUCUUGAGCUUCGUCGAAAAGUGGGUAUGCUGUUUCAGCUUCCAGUUUUGUUCGAAGGCACAGUUGCAGACAACAUAAGAUAUGGGCCACAGCUGAAAGGAAAGAAAGUAAGUGAUGAACAAGUGUACAACUUGCUGACUUUUGCUGAUCUUGACUCCUCUUUCUUCAAUAAACAUGGCAACGAACUAUCUGUUGGUCAAGCUCAAAGAGUUGCACUUGCUAGAACAUUAGCCAAUGAGCCAGAGGUUUUGUUGUUGGAUGAACCAACAAGUGCGUUGGAUCCAAUAUCGACACAAAACAUAGAAGAUGUGUUGGUGAAACUGAAGAGUAAAGGGAUGACGAUUGUUAUGGUUUCACAUAGCAUCAAACAAAUUAAAAGGAUUGCAGAUGUGGUUUGUCUGCUUGUGGGUGGUGAAAUUGUUGAAGUCUUGAGUUCAGAGAAAGUCUCCGAAGCUAAAACAUCCUAUGGCAAGAAGAUUUCUUGAUCUCAGCUCUUGAUUUGUAUUCAAAAUGUGAUAUUUGCAAAACCUUUUCAAUUAAAACUCAGCUAGCACCAAAGUUCAUGUAAUUCUGUUUUAGGUCAUGUUGGAUUGAAUUAGUUGCUUUUUAUCCAUAUAGGGGAG